UCGAAACUACUAAAUGUGUAUUGCAGUGGUUUAAUAGCUUUUCAUGCUAGUUUACUGUAUUAGCUUAUUUGGGCAGUUCAAACGUGUCUUACAUGGCAGAGAAAAGGAUUAUCUCGUGAAGAAUUAAAUGCUUUAAUCCAGUGAAAAAUUGUACACGGAUAAAUUUCAAUAUAUUCAUUUUUUGACGGUUUAAAAUACCCAAAGGAUUAUUUGUAAAGAUAACCGGAAAUAUAUCGGUGGUUUUAACUGAAGAAUUUAAAUACUGUAUCAUCUUUUGGAGUUAUAUACAAUAAAUUAAUCGCUAUAUUGUGAUAAACUGCAUUGUUAAGGUAUAAAUAACAGGGAGAUAAAAGCUGAAAACUCGAAUAAUAAUAUUAUGUAUAAAAAGUGUGUGAAAAUUAACUCAGCGAAACCAUAACAAAACCAGAAAUAGAGAAUCCAAAACAGUAACGACUGUAGUGGCUGUUUUUAAGGGGUUUCAAUUUAUUUACCCGAGCUGAAGUUUGGAAUAUACAUCUAAUGCAAUCAAUGUAUGUGGUCGUAUUUCUCUCAGUGAAGCGCCGAUGUCAGAUAUGACAGUUCACGGCGAUAGGCCUCGUUGCCCCGACCCCCGGGCUGGCCACAGGGGCCUCAGACCUCAUCUUGUGAACGGAGAGCGUGAAAUACAUGACCAUCGCGGAACCAUGUUAGUGAACGGAGAAAGAGAAUUGCACGGUGGUCGCGGACCACUGCUUGUAAACGGAGAACAAAAAAUAGAAGGACCAACCCUUGACAAUCUCACUUUAAGCCAGUCAUGGAAUGGUUGCAUCUGGCAAAUUCAUCAGACCUCACCAGAAGCGCACAAAGGCUCGCCUGGGCAAAAUGGGAUGUUAAAUACGUUUCCAAUGUCCGGGAAGGUCAGGGAUAAUAUAUUUGUUCGUAGGGAUUCGGUGUUGUCGAAAUCUCGCGACUCGCCGCCUAUCUCUCUGGGAAGCAUGGACAGACCUAGCAGUGUUGAUAGGCUAAGUAAUGAUAGACUUAGUAGUGGCGACAGACUGUCUAACGGCAGUGACCGGAAUAGGUUUGCCACAAGCUACGAUGACGACAGUCUAACGACGGCCAGUUCCAAUUUUGACAGUUCCGAGCAAGAAGAAGAAUAUGUGACUUUAGAUCGGAGCUAUGUGUUCCCACGAUCGUUCAGAAAUCACCCUUUAACACACCAUUCGUCAAUGAUUGACUUAAAGCAUAAUUCACUGUAUUCACCUAAAGUUAAUAAUGACGAAAUUGCAGAACAUGGUGGCAGUUCAAGAACCCUACCUCACAGGAAGUUUCGCGGACCACUCAGAAGUGUUUCAGUUAACGAGACAGAUCUUGAUUCUGUUGAUGUAGACGGGAAAUCUAUCCCCUGGGCCAAACGAAGCUUAAAACGAAUUUAUGAAAACAUUGGCGAGGCCUUUAAACAGAAACAAAACAAUGUCAAAUCUUCCUCGGAAGACAAAAUUUCAAUUCAUAGCGGGUAUGUAGGUAUUAGAAAUGACCUUAGUUCUAGUGAAUCAAAUAGUGUUAAUACCGAACCUAUCUUAAACUCAGGGAAAGUACAAAAUCCGGGAAAAUUACGAAAACGUAGCAAGUCUUUGGGAGAACUGAGACUGUUUAACGAAGACAAUGAGAAUGAACUGGAUUCUGACGUUAGUGACGUGGACGGUGACGAUUUUGGAUUUUUAUCACAUUCAUUUCUUCAUUCUACUCCAGCUAUGCAAAAGUCGAAAUCGCCUUCUGCCCAUCAUCGAAUACUGCCGAAAAGAUGGAGAAGUAAACCUCGAAAUUCUACAGCUGGUCAGUGUCUCUGGAGUCCAGAGGGUAACUGUACAUGGUGCAAUGUAAGCGGACGGAGGGUUGUACUUCGGCCUGUCAGUAUUCUACAGCUGUCAGAGGCAGAAAGACUUGCGCUGCAGAAAAUAGUUCUUCAAAAACUCCAGUCGGAAGACCUUGGUUGCUCUGUAGUGAUACCUAAAGAGCACCGAGAAUCUGGUCGAAGAAAGAAACAUUUGUUGUCAAUAAAGCGAAGCAAGUCUGCCAAUAUCAGUGGCUUCAUCCACGGUCUUGCCGAUAGGGAAAAAGAUCACCAGGCACCGGGGCUCGUGUUUGGAAUACCACUACAAAAGUGUAUCGCCAAUGACGCAGAGCAGCGGAAACGGAACAGCGGCGCAUUAAAGGAACGCAAGGGCUCUGACGUCAUUUUGACGCGACAAGGGCCAAGAAAGUCAAGCAGCUCGUCACAGGGAUCGUUGGAAAAUAUAACCCACAAUGGAACCUCGUUUUCUGAGAGUCAGAAGAGAAAUGCUAGCAGCGACUCAUUGUCCGAGUCAGAAAGCACUCGGAAUAAUUCUAGUCUUAUCGAUGCUUUGGUAUUAUCAAACAACCGCAACGACAAUCUAGGUCAGAGUUACCUUCCGUUAUAUGCUACCGGACCACCACAGGUCCCGCAUAUUGUGAGGGUCUGUUUUAAACAUAUAGAAACUUAUGGUUUACGGGUACUUGGAAUAUUUAGAGUUGGUUCUUCAAAGAAGAGAACGAAGCAGUUACGAGACGAGUUCGAUACAGGACGAGAUGUAAAACUUAAUGAGUCACACAACCCACAUGAAGUUGGGGCUGUCCUGAAAGAAUACUUUAGGGAUUUACCCGAACCUUUGCUAACAAGGGACCUUUAUUCGCCCCUUCUCGCUGCUAGAGGGUUAUAUGAAAUCGAGAAACAAAUUGAAGUGACCCGGAUGUUGAUAUCACUACUUCCGGUGGCGAACCGCGACACCUUGUGGGCAUUACUGCAGUUUUUGUACAAGGUCGCCGAACAUUCCACUGAUGUAUUGGAUGAAAAUGGCCAAACAUUGCCUGGUAACAAGAUGGAUUCUCACAACCUCGCCACAUUGUUUGGUCCAAACAUCCUACACAAGGCAAAGGCCACAGAGAAAGAGUUUACCGUGGAGAGCAUGGAGAGAGCAGAGGAAAGGAAGGAGGUUAUAGAAGUUGUCCAGGCCAUGGUUGAUAAACAUCAGCUACUGUUUCAGAUUCCAGCAAGUUUACAUGACGAGAUUCUCAAGUUGCUAUUGGAAACCGAUCCUGAAACUACUGAACAAAUCCUGAAAAGAAUAUCUAGCGAUAACGGGAUCGAUCCUGACCCAGACACGUCGAGCAGUCUAUAUGAUGACAGUGACGCAUCCUUGCCACACUCUCCUGUCAGUGAAAAUAAUUUAAAUAUAAAGGAUUCUAGUGGACUACAGUCAACCCCGACAUUGCGGGUUGCCAGAAGUGCCGAAAUUCUUACGCCAGUUGCCAGGCGUAAAUUCUUUUAUUCUUCCCCAGAGGAAGAAAGUGUAAAUCAUAGACGCAAAAGCGAUGUAAAUAAUCCCAUGGAACGACCGAAGUUUCAUCUCGUUAUUGAAAAUUCUCCCAGUCCACCGGAAGUGACUAAAACACCACUAAGUUCACGAACUACGCGCAAUAAAAUGUCACGUGAGAAUUCUAGUCCGGAUCUAUCCUCGAGGCCACAUUCUAUUCAUGGUGAACGGCCUCAUUCAGAACUAUAUAGUACACCGAAAACAUUAUCCAUUCCCCCACCAAACUAUAUGAGACUGCAAACCGCAGAGCCAUGCCGGUCUAAUUCUUCAUUUAGUAAUCCGCCUUCACGUUCAGAAAGUUUUACUGGUUCAAAUUAUAGCGGAAGUCGAGCUGGCUCGAGUUCACCUCGAGUGACGUCAUCUAUUCAGAGACCUUUGAACUUUAAUCGCGGUACACCGGAAGUGGAAAAUGAAUGGCAGAAAAAUCGGUGGCGGCAAUGGGAUAAUAUGGCAUCUGAAAAACCAGUGGAAGGGUAUGAACAAGAAACACUUGUGUGACGUCAUAACGCUUGGAACAGAUACAAUGUAAAUAUUGAAAAAAUGAGCGUACUAAAAGUGGAUUUAUGGUAAAUGACAAAGUGAAAGACUCAGCUUUUAGUUCAUUUAAGCAGCAUUUUGCUUUAUAUAACAGGAGUAAAUAAAAAAAGACAAUUCUAAAAUGCUGUAUUAAAUAUAACCGUUAUGUGCUACUAACUUUUAAAUAAUAUGAGAAAAUAAUUAUAGAUGUACAUAUAUAUUUAUAUUUUGUAUAUGGCGGGUGGGUUUAUCAGAAUGCAAUAAUCAUGUAUGCAUUUUUUUGACUUUCAAAUUUUUAUGCAAUAAUAUGUUAUGCAAGAUGGAAUCCGAAAUCCAAUACUAUUUUACAUUAUUAAAUGGAUUUGCUUAAAGACUUAAAGGAACUAAUUGUGCUAUAUUUUUGCUGUUAACUGCCUGUAACAGGAUUACUUACAAAAUGUAACGCGUCAUGGGAAAUGGUACUUCAUUUGAAAAAAAAACAACAACAUAUUUGAACAUUGUGUGUCAGGUCAUUGAAUGGUCCUCAGCUUUUAAAGUAUAUGUUUAACGGAUUGUGUGCCUUUGUUUUAAAGCAGUCGAAAGUUGUCUUCUUAGAGUAUAAAAGUUGUCAGAAAGUCAACUAUAUACAUUCAUGUUCAUGCUUUUACCGUUGUCAGAGAUAGAAAUUGAUGUAAAACAGAAUUUUGCAAUAAAUGAUUCGGACAUUAUUUAGCUUUAUUUAAGACCAUUUGACCUGAGACACACACUUUCGUUUUCGGCCUCAAACAUAAUGCUAAGUGCUUAUAAUUUCUUUUGCUAUUGUGAAAUGCUAUAUCGUUAGUUGUAUCUUCAAUUAGGGCAAUCUUAUAUUAGUUUGUUUCACAUUCCUGUUCAAAUACAUCAGAAUAAUUUGCAACUGUAACUGGCAGUUAGUGAUGUAUGCAUUUCCUGCACGGGAAAUCGUUAUUUUUGUUUGACUAUAUCAGUUUUGUUUUAUUCAGUAUUAGGAAGUUAACACGCUAUAUACCUCAGUUGAAAUGAUAGGGCUUUUUUGCCAAUUUCAGUAAAUUGUUUUCUGACAUGGUUUAAACUUUGUAAGCCAGUGAGCACGUAUUUCUGCUGCAGGGGUAGGAAUGUCUUAUUUACACUCAGUUUAGUGCUAUUUUUAUGUACUUUUCAAUGACGUUUCCUUCGUGUAAGGGGUACAAGCAAAGG